UCCGACCCUUCUUUUUCGGAAAGUGACGUGAAUUGCUUGCAGCAGCUGUCUUCCUUUUUUUCCUAACUCACGAUAGCCGCAUCCUCCUCGCCCUCCAACGGAUUUCUCCCUCCUCGGCUUAUACCCUCCCUUUCAACUAUCUAAUUGGCGCUGCUCUUUUCGAAGCUGCGCUUUUCUCCCAACCACUACAACACCUACACAUAUACCGCCAAGAUGCAGUCCCUGAGACAGAUGCGGCCGGCAGGCAAGCUGCUCAACCAGGCCGCGAAGCGCGCAUACAGCGUUUCCCAGGCCGGCCCGUACUCCAAGACCGUCGACAACCUGCGCAUCAACUCCGAGACCAAGGUGAUCUUCCAGGGCUUCACUGGCAAGCAGGGAACUUUCCACGCGCAACAGGCCAUCGAUUACGGCACCAAGGUUGUCGGUGGAACGAACCCCAAGAAGGCUGGCCAGGAGCACCUUGGCCUUCCCGUCUUCGGCAACGUCAGCGAGGCCGUCAAGCAGACUGGCGCCGAUGCCACCGCUAUCUUCGUCCCCCCCCCUCUGGCCGCCGCCGGUAUCGAGGAGGCCAUCGCCGCCGAGAUCCCUCUCGUCGUCUGCAUCACUGAGGGUAUCCCCCAGCACGACAUGGUCCGCAUCACCAACAUGCUGAAGACGCAAUCCAAGACGCGCCUCGUCGGCCCCAACUGCCCCGGCAUCAUCGCCCCCGGUCAGUGCAAGAUCGGCAUCAUGCCCGGCUUCAUCCACAAGCGCGGCCGCAUCGGUAUCGUCUCCCGCUCCGGCACCCUUACCUACGAGGCCGUCAACCAGACCACCCAGGCCGGCCUUGGCCAGUCCCUCGUCGUCGGUAUCGGCGGUGACCCCUUCAGCGGCACCAACUUCAUCGACUGCCUCAACGUGUUCCUCAAGGAUGAGGAGACGGACGGCAUCAUCAUGAUUGGCGAGAUUGGCGGUUCCGCUGAGGAGGACGCUGCCGACUUCCUCCGCGCCAACAACACCGUCAACGGCGGCAAGCCCGUUGUGUCCUUCAUUGCCGGCAUCUCCGCCCCUCCCGGCCGCCGCAUGGGUCACGCCGGUGCCAUCGUCUCCGGCGGCAAGGGUGGUGCCGACUCCAAGAUCUCGGCCCUCCAGGCCGCCGGCGUCAUCGUCGAGCCCUCCCCCGCCGGCCUCGGCAAGGCCCUGUACGAUGAGUUCGUCCGCCGCGACCUCUUGUAGAGCUCGUUUCUCUCUCGAACCCCCAAAUCGCGCAUGAGCGCGCGUAUGAAGAGGUGGAUCCAGCUGUGUAUGUAACAUGUUAAAGAAGAGACUUUUGUGUGUUUGAAAGCGUCGUCGUCGUACUAGUCGUCGCCGCCGCCGCCGCCGGAAUUAUUUGGGGACAAUUGUUUCUCGGCCGUAGGAGGGUCAACGAGGCGGUUUCCCCCCAUCCCCUUGUUGCAUCGUGUGAGUUACGUUGUUGUGUUUUCGGAACAUGUUGGCCCCCAAGAACGACUUGACAUAGACCUGGAGGGGGAGGAUUUGGGCGAAGGAACACCCGUGGGGGGGUCAAGGCAGACGAAUCGAAGGUGGGAAAACAUCAAAGUCCCUCUUAUAUUGAAAAAGAAAGUAAGGACCGCUAUCCCCCGCAUCAAAAUGUCUUGUACCUAUUUCGAAUCCCCAAC